UAGAGAGAAACAGAUAGAGAGAGUAAGAGAGAGAGAGAGAUAGGCCUGGGUUAUUAAAGACACGGACAGGGAGAAAAGACAAAAGGAAGACCCAAAGAGAGAGAGACAGAGCAGAAGUGAGACUCGGAGUUGGGGAAUAGGCCUUGCCUCCCUUCCACACACACAGAACCUGUCCUGGGCCUGGCCUGGGUUUGACCCGUGCCUGAGCUGACCCAGUACCCCUCAGGCAUGAACAACCGCUCCAUAGCCUGGUGGCUCAGACAGAUUGGCCUCCCUCAGUACACCAAGACCCUGGAGGGACAGUACUAUGGCCUGGAGGGUAUGUUAUAUGUGACAGAUGGGGACCUCAAGGAGGCAGGAGUGGAUGAUCCUGAUCAUAGAGAAACCAUCAUGAUCCAACUGAAACGACAACAGCAGAGACAGAACCCCACCUCAGGGGGCAGUGCCGUGACCUCAGCCAGGGUGACCCGGAAGUAUUCGCUGGGCUCCUCCCUGGACAUGAUGAAGCCAAGCCGGAGGCUGUCGGGGGGGACGGGAGUGGACCUGUUUCGGCAGAGCAUACUGCCCCGUUUGAAGCGCAGGGACCGCAUGACCCUCUCCUCCUCCUGCUCCCAGCUCAGCCCCCUGCAGGAGGUACUGGCGCCUCCUUCACCCGGCCCGGAACACAGCCACCGUAGGAAACGCAGCAAACGGAAGAGCAUCGGUGUGUAUUUAAGUCACCUGAAGGUGUUUGGGGGCAGGAGAGGGAUGGACUCUCUGAAGAAGGAGUUAGAAGAGGAACUCAAGUUAAGCACAGAGGAUCUGAGGAGCCAUGCCUGGUACCACGGCCAGCUUCCCAGAGAGGGGACGGAGGAGUUGUUGGAGAGGGACGGGGACUUCCUGAUCAGAGACUCUCUCACCAGCCCUGGGGACUAUGUGCUGAGCUGUCAGUGGAGGAACGAGCCCAUGCACUUCAAGAUCAUCCGCGUGGUGCUGCGGCCUAAGAAGGGAUACUCGCGGGAGCUGUUCCAGUUCGAGCAGGACCAGUUCGACAACGUCCCGGCGCUGGUGCGCUUCCACGUGGGGGGCCGGCGGCCCAUCUCCGAGGGGUCGGGGGCCAUCAUCUUCCACCCCAUCAACCGCACGGUGCCCCUGCGUGUCAUCGGAGAGCGCCAGGCGGCCUGCGCCAGCAGCAGCAGUGACCUCUGCUGGUCGGGACCGGAACAGCAGUCACGGUCUGAGCGCAGCAAGCGACUCAGCUUUCACUCCGGCCAGAUGGACUCCUUACAGGUCAACAGCAACCUGCUCAGGAACAAGGAGAAGAGUGGGAGUCACCCUGGUAACCUGGAGAACCUGGGCCGGAGACCCUCCCUGCAGACCGCCCAGUCUGAUAGCAACCUGCGCUCAGGCACCCCCCAAUCCAGCCAGUCCCCGGACCCCGGCCCCGCCCCCAUCUCCCCGUUCUUCCGGACGGGCAGCGAGCCCAUGCUGAGCCCGCGGACCCCCCGCCACACCCGACCCUCCAACCCAGCGGGGGGCUCCACCCUGCGCGGCUCCGACGGCCAGCUGCACCCGCGGGCCCCGCCCAAGCCGCUGCGCGUGUCCGUCGUGUUCCCCGGCUCGCCCCGGCACCAGCGCCCCCGGCAGGGCGACCCCGGCUCCAUCUACGACGAGCUGGUGCCGCACGUGCCCCAGUCGCAGCCCCGCGGCCACGUGGACCGCCUCCGGGCCGAGGAGAAGUGGCAGAGCCGCGCGCGGCUGACCGAGAGCAGCUUCAGCUUCCUGGAGAUGGGCGGGGCGCCCCUGCUCCCGGGGCUGGGGGAGGGGGAGGAGGAGACGCUCUUCGUCCGGCCGCAGGCGGAGACGUCCACCAGCUUCUGCCUGGACCAGUUCAGCUCGCUGCUGCUGCCCGACAACAACCGGCCCCUGGAGCCCUCGGUGCUGCUGGCCCUGAAGGAGAUCUUCACCCGCAGCGACCCCAAGACCAUCGCUCUGCACAUGCUCAGUGUCGACUGCCAGGUGGCCCGGAUCACAGGUGUGACAGAGGACCAGAGGAGGAUCAUGGGAGUGAGCUCCGGGUUGGAGCUGAUCACCCUGCCACACGGCCAGCAGCUGAGGCAGGACCUGCUUGAGAGGCACCACCUGAUCGCCCUGGGCGUGGCCGUGGACAUCCUGGGCUGCACGGGGACCGUGGGCCAGCGCGCCACCGUCCUGCACAAGUUCAUCCAGCUGGCCCAAGAGCUCCGCUACACCGCCAACGACCUCUUCGCCUUCUCCGCAGUGAUGAAGGCCCUGGAGCUCCCACAGGUGGCCAGGCUGGAGAUGACAUGGCGAGCCUUGAGGAGAAACCACACGGACAGUGCUGUGGCCUUUGAGAAGGUGCUCAAGCCCUUCCUGCAAGCUCUCAAUGAUGGAAACGAAGAGGCUGCUCAAGGCCCUCUCUCCGUGCCCCACAUGCUGCCCCUCUUGCGGGUGAUGGAGGGCGAGGAUUUGGGGGAGCACACGGAGCGGGGGUGCCAGCUGCUGCUCAACACCCUGCAGUCGGCCCGCCAGGCCGCCCUGGAGGCCCCCCAGUACCAGGCCCACGCACACGCCCUGCUCACAGCAGGCUGGGAGCCGGUGCCGGAGCUGCUGGAGGCGUUCCGCACCGAGUUCGCGCUCCGCCUCUUCUGGGGUCAAUCGGGAGCAGCUGCCGAGAGGCCGGAGCGCUGGGAGAAGUUCGACAAGGUCCUCAGCGUGCUGUCGGAUAAGCUGGAGCACGGAGACGCCUCCCCGGAGUCUGACCCCUGACCCCUGACCCCUGACUCCAAGCCCCGGCCCACAAGCACUGGAGCCCCAGACCGGAACUCUAUACACGAUUUAGGUGAUGGGGGUGAGACAAACCCCCUGGAAACCUGCAGUUUCGCCUAGGACCCAUGGAAACCGUUGAAAAUAUGAUUCAGGCUCACAAGACAAAUGUCCGACACGUGAGAGAUGUUUCACGUGAUACUGUGCCCAUUAUGUAAUGAAACUGUUCCAUUUUCCUCCUACAUACAUCCUGACCAAGCCCCCUCCCAUACGGCUAUGGAUGGCUGCACUCUCAAAAGCCCCGCCCCUAUCACUGUAUCAUAUAUAUAUUACCUUUUUUUAUAUAAAUUUGGCAUCUCCAGUCGCACCUGAAUUUUAAACGUGCGAUUCCCAUGGCUCAGGAGAGCGUGUCAGGAGGAAGAAGAGCAUUCCAGGGCCACGUUCAGCCCCGACAAAACGUGGCAAAAACGUUUUUUUUAAAACAGAAACGGUGACGCAUUCAACAUCCAUUGCAAACCGUGGGCGGACGGACUGACUGGUUUGCUCCUAUGAGUCUGAGAAGGCGUUCUUCAGCCUUUAAAGCAUAGGCCUACGUCAUUACCACACACUGUUGGGAGGAAACAUAUCGUUCAACACAGAAAUCGUAGCAAAAGGUUUUUAGACUGAACGUGGCCCAGGUCAGUGUGAGAGCAGAGCCUCACCCCCUUCCUGGUGUCCUGCCGUCACGUGACCGGGAGGGAACCAACCGGGCGUCCUUAAAACGAGCGCCGCUCACAGAAGCGUCGGGACAAAAAACUCUCCAAGGGUUCUCCGAUCACAGGAGGGCACGUUCUCGUAGUGCCCUCCUGCAUCCAGUUCGGAAAGCAGACAGUGCUGGGCCUGGGAUGUGAUCGCUGUAUGUACGGCCAGAUGGUGAAAUGAACAUCCAGACCCACUCUGCCAACCGUCGCGCUCAGGCGUUUUUCGUUCAGCGUUUUAUUUUUUUGACGGUAAAGGCUGUUGGCUUCGUUUCGCCCGACAGCCUUCACUUCACACGACUUUUCGCAGAGCAAACGCUCGUCAGGGCUCUCCCGAAUGGUCGAAAAAAGAUUUCCCCAACGCCAUCCCCAGGGGCGAUUUAUACUCGUACUUUGACCCACACUGUCCCAGAGGCCUGCGAGACAGCGGAGUGCGUCAUUCUGCUGAGUCACUCUAAUAUCUCUGCCCAUUAAGCCUGCUCAGACCGUGUCUCAUUGGUCGGAAGCAUUCUUCUUUUUGGACU